AUGAUCUACAGGAACGACCCCGAGCGGAAAGCGCCCGCCCUGUCCGCCACCAGCGCGUCGAUCGGAACCCGGAUGCGGGGACAGGACGGCAAGAUGCACGUGGUGGUCGCGAACUGCCACGGUGUCCACCGCUGGAAGGCCCUCUCGACGGGCGAGUCUUCCAAGAAGCGCACUCCUUCUGCCAAGUCUGCGAAGCGCAAGACGCCAAAGGCUGGGAGUGUCGUGCGCAAAAGGAGCGCACCGGCCUCACCCGCACGCGAGUUCUCGGAUGGGACGACGCGAAAGGGCGCCGACAAUCGGUUCUGGGCGGUCAAGCGGACCAAGACCGGCCAUAAGAGGUGGGUGCGCGUUCCCGCGAGCAAGAGAGAGCAGAGGACACCGUGGGCUUCACCCCCUCGACGGAAGCGUUCCCCGGCGGGGAGGGGGACGGGCCAGAACCGGUGGGCGCGCAGCACCGGAGGGGAGAAAAGGCAAGGCACGGGGCGGGGAAAGGCUCCUACUCAUGCGCACUGGGAGCCGACCGUGGCGGAGCUCGAGAAGCUCGCCGUUCUGGUCAAGGGCGACACGCAUCCCUACUUGAAACUCUCCACGAAGGCGAGGCAGCUGAUGGCAAAGGUAGCGAUCCCCUUGGUCCGGGAGCUGGCCCGUUCCGAUCUUCAUCGCGCUCUGUCUCACUACUUUGGGGACGCGAAGGACCUCAUAGAGAACGCGCUCAAAGAAGCAUCGAAAGCGCAUUCGGCCGCCACAAAGAGCCGGGCCGUGGUAGAGUACUUAUUUGCAGAGCUGUCGGAGCUAGCAGGCAAUGAGGCCAGCGAGAGCGGAACCAUCACGCCCAAAGACGUCCUCGUCGCCAUGCGGGAAGACUCAGAGUUGCUCCGCUUGAUCAACCUCUUCGACGGUUCGAUAAGGGGCGUUGUCGCCUCUCCGGAUGGUGAUGAACGAGUCUUCCAACGAGUGUGUGGAGAUCACCGACAAGACCGGACCGACCAGAUCGUCGACGAAGCUGGAGACUAUCUUGCCGAAGAGGCCCCCGAGGAUGGUUCCUACGGCGAGGUCGAGCACGUUCCCACGGCUGAUGAACUUCAUGAAAUCGUAAGUCUCCCCCUUUACGACGCUUCCGAUCGCGGCCAUGGGUGGUGA